AGAAAAUGUAUGGAUAUGAAAAUAAACGACGCCCACGGACGCUUUAGCGAAGUGGACGGCGGGCGUCCUUCUCUCAGUGAGUGGAUGAAUGUAUUCUAGCGAUCGUGCGAAAAGCGGCGUCGAAUCUACAGAUAGUGUAGACUAAUCGAAAUAGAAAUAGAAAAAUGACGACCCAACCAAGACUGGUGAACAAACAGUUCAACUCGCCCAUCGGUCUCUAUUCUGAGCAGAACUAUCGAGAAGUGUUAGAACGAGAACAGCAGAUGUUGGCAAAUGGCGCUAUAGGGAUUGAUUUUAACAAUCCUGCAGUAGGUAAGCCGGCCAACUUGCAAAAUUCCGCAGUUCUACGCAUGUUAGAAGAAGAAGAAAAUAGACGUGGUGGACGAACCGGAGCAAAAAGGGUAGCGUGGCCUCCUCCACAAGAAGGUCUCCUAGAUCCAGCUGAAAGUCAUCAAAACAAUAUCUCUGUUGCACAACCCCAGGGAGGACCUUACAAUUCCAACCAGUCUCCCGGCUUGCAUCAGAAUAACAACUACUCACAACAGGCAACUCCCUAUCAACAACAACAACCCCAAUCCUAUCGUCCCUUGAAACCUUUGGACGUGAGCUCAGUCGGUACUGGAUCGCCUCUGGCUUCUCCAGCCCACAAUCAAAGUCCUCACGGUUACAGACCGACCACUCCUGCUAGUUCUAAGGGCUGGGCUCCUGUUCAUUCUCCCGCUACCACGCCUCAGGGCACUGGCAGUCAGAAAUACUUUGGGGCACCUCAGCAAGGGUAUCCUAAUCAGCCACAGUACCAACCUGUUUCUCAACCCUAUCAGCAAAAUCAACCACAAUAUCAAUCUCCUCAGCCUCAAUACCAACAACCCCAAUAUCAAUCUCCUCAGCCUCAGUAUCAGCAGGCUAAGCCCAACUACCAGCCACAAAAUCAAUCUCCUCAAUACCAACAACCCCAAUAUCAAUCUCCUCAGCCUCAGUAUCAGCAGGCUCAGCCUAACUACCAGCAACAACCUUCUCAAUAUCAACCACAACCAGAUCCAUACCAUCAAAACCAAGCUCCCUACCAAGCUGCGGUUGCUCAAACUCAGGUAGCAGCUCCCCGAUCACAACCAGCUAGGCAAGUAGAGCCACCUCCAUCUACGAUCACUCUUAGGGCAUCGGCUCCAGUGAGUCAGGCUCCGCCACCAGUUUUUUCUACACAACCAGCCACGGCGUCCCUUAAAGGUGGCAAGCACCUUCGCGGUGACUUGAAAUGGCCUCCAGAAGACGUCAGACAACGAAUGGACGAAGAAAAUAGAAAAUUGAUGGAAUUGGCCAGAGGUCCGGCCUGCAGGCCACCAAGGAAAGAAAGAGAUUACACACCUUUCUUCGAACAACACGCCCUUAAUUCAACUUAUCCUGGCUAUAAAAUACCACCUGGUACUCAGUAUUUUAGGCCGGAGUAGAAUUUAGCUUUUAUGAUUAUGUGAUAUAAUUAGAUUUGCUUUUAUUUUGAAGGAAAACAAUUCUAACACCUUUAUUCUCUAUCGAAUUCUGGUUUUAUUAUUUUUAGAGAGCUUAAAUGUAUUUUUGUAAAUAAUUGCCUACUUAUAUGUUUUAGUAAAAUAAAGCUGCAAACAGCUGUACUGAUGAUUAAUUUUAUUGCAGCUGUGCGAAUCAAUUAAUAUAUCUUGGUAAAUGAUUUUCAGGUUGCAACCCCCAUGAUAUACUUUUUAAUUUGCUUUUUUACUAGAAAGAAUCUCAUUUUUUAGUGAAACUAGUCAUCAACCAACAAAAAAAGUUACCUGGUAUUUUAUAUAAUCCUAACCCUUAUAAUAGAUAUUUAUUCUGCAGAAUUUCUAUAUUUAAGGUAUCUAUUUACUUUCAACACCAAAAAAAAAAAAUGUGUUUUAAACUACUAACAAACAAAAAAUAUGCGAUAUUUGAAUUUUUUUGCCCGAUAUAAUGUGCCGCUUUUCGACAAAAUUUAUUAAUAUGUAUCGAUACGAGCUUUUUGCUAAUUUAUUUAUGCAAAUUUUAUCCCAUUGAAUAGAAAUUAAAAAUUGUACUGUGUACGACAUAAAAAAUAAAUAAAAUUUUUAAUAAAUUAAUGC